AUAUACACCAUCCAUACCCAUUCUUUCGUCUAGAUCUCCGCGCAUACAAUCUCUCUGAACCCAUUAUAGUAUUAUUCUCUCUGCACACCAGUAAAUAUGUUGGUUUAUCAAGAUUUACUUACCGGUGAUGAGCUUCUUUCGGACUCUUUCCCGUACAAGGAAAUUGAAAAUGGGUGCCUAUGGGAAGUUGAGGGAAAGUGGGUUGUGCAAGGAGCAGUUGAUGUGGACAUUGGUGCCAACCCUUCUGCUGAGGGCGGUGGUGAUGAUGAAGGUGUUGAUGAUCAAGCUCAAAAGGUGGUUGAUAUUGUAGACACCUUUAGACUCCAGGAGCAACCUCCAUUUGACAAGAAGCAGUUUGUUGCUUUUAUAAAGAAGUACAUUAAAACUUUGACACCCAAGUUGGAAGCUGAUAAUCAAGAGGAAUUCAAAAAGGGUAUUGAAGGAGCAACCAAAUACUUGCUUGGGAAGAUCAAGGACCUCCAAUUUUUUGUUGGAGAGAGCAUGCACGAUGACGGUAGCUUGGUGUUUGCUUACUACAAAGAUGGAGCAACUGAUCCAACCUUUUUAUACUUUGCCCAUGGUUUGAAGGAGAUUAAGUGUUAAAAAAGGACCAGCUUUCUUAUUGGAGGUGCUUGUUGUAGUUCUAGUUAUUUGUUUUCAUAAUUCUGGCUUCAAAUUUUGUACUGUCCCCAACACAGGUCUUAGAACUUUUUUCCGUAUUCAGUCUGGAUUUAACCAAAGAAAUUAUCUGAAUUUAGCGGCAGUUUUGGUUGUGCUAUAUGGUCUGCAUUCUUCUUAAUAUACUAUGCUCCAUUUGUUCUUUGAGUAA